AGAAAUACAUGCAGUAAUACUAUUACGUAUUUUCUUUCUUCUCAAUUUUCUUUCGCAGGAUAUUUUUCUACGUGAGAAUUUUAUUCUUUUUGUAGAAAUUUUUAUUGGAUUAUGGAUCCGCCGGAGACUCUUACGUCAUCGACCGACGAUAACAACAACAACCUCCGGCGGCGUCGCGGCGGCGGUGGUGGUGGAACGGAGUUAGAUUCGAGCUCGGUAGAAGCUUCUAGUAGCUCGGAUGACGUAACCAGUGACGUCAGAAAUGAUGAGUCGAAGGUGGAUCGGAAGGAGGAGAAUGAGGAGAAGAAGGAAACGACGCCGUUGAAGUAUGUAUAUAGAGCAUCGGCGCCGGCACAUCGGAGGAAUAAGGAAAGUCCUCUUAGCUCAGCUGCUAUUUCAAUCAACUCAGCUGCUAUUUUUAAACAAAGUCAUGCUGGCCUGCUCAAUCUAUGUAUAGUGGUUCUUAUUGCCGUAAACAGCAGGCUGAUUAUCGAGAAUUUGAUGAAGUAUGGCUUGUUAAUCGGGUCAGGCUUCUGGCGUAGUUCAACAUCAGUAAGAGAUUGGCCACUUCUGAUGUGCUGUCUUAGUCUCCCAAUUUUCCCUCUCGCUGCUUUUCUUGUCGAGAAACUGGCACAGAAGAAUUAUAUGACAGAAUAUGUAGUCGUCACUCUUCACAUAAUUAUAACAACAGCUUCCAUCUUGUAUCCAGUUUUGGUCAUCCUCAGGUGUGAUGCUGCUUUCCUAUCUGGUGUCACACUGAUGAUGUUUGCUUGCAUUGUGUGGAUGAAAUUGGUUUCUUAUGCACAUACAAAUUAUGAUAUGAGACAGCUUGCGAGGUCUGCGGAUGAGGGUGAAAACUCCGAAAUCAACUAUUCUUACGAUGUUAAUAUCAAGAGUUUGGCUUACUUCAUGGUUGCUCCAACUUUAUGCUAUCAGCUUAGCUAUCCUCGCUCUGCAUCCAUUCGGAAGGGUUGGCUGGCACGCCAACUCAUCAAGCUGGUAAUUUUUACAGGAUUAAUGGGAUUUAUCAUUGAACAGUAUAUUAACCCAAUUGUGCGAAGCUCACAACAUCCAUUGAAAGGAGACCUUUUAUACGGCAUCGAGAGGGUAUUGAAGCUCUCGGUUCCAAAUUUAUAUGUCUGGCUUUGCAUGUUCUACUGCCUCUUUCAUAUUUGGUUAAAUAUACUUGCGGAAAUUCUGCGCUUUGGGGAUCGUGAGUUCUACAAAGAUUGGUGGAAUGCAAAAACUAUUGAUGAGUAUUGGAGACUCUGGAAUAUGCCUGUACAUAAGUGGAUGGUUCGCCACAUUUAUUUUCCAUGCUUGAGGAAUGGCUUACCUAAGGGAGUUGCAGUGCUGAUUUCUUUCUUUAUAUCUGCUGUUUUCCAUGAGUUGUGUAUUGCUGUUCCUUGUCGGCUAUUCAAGUUUUGGGCGUUCCUAGGAAUCAUGUUUCAGAUUCCUUUGGCCAUACUCACCAACUUCUUGCAAAACAAGUUCAAAAGCUCGAAUUUGGGCAACAUGACAUUCUGGUGCUUUUUCUGCAUUGUUGGUCAACCAAUGUGUGUUCUUCUCUAUUACCAUGAUGUGAUGAAUAGAAAUGGUGGCUCAAGUUAAUCUUCAUCACCUAUUAUUCUGUUGGCACAAUACAUAAACACGUCCUUUAACUUGACCUCAAAUUGCAUCUAUGACCUUCAAUUUUGAGUGUGCACAAGUAGACACUUAAACUUGUAUAAAAUUAAACAAGUAGACACAUGCGUCCUGUGUGGCAUAAUACACAUAGGACGCCAUGUAUGACAAGAAUUGACCACGUAGGAUGUCACAUAGGACAUAUGUGUCUAUUUGUUCAACUUUAUACAAGUUUAAGUGUCUACUUGUGCUAACCCAAAGUUUUAGAGGUCAUAGAUGUGAUAUGAAUCCAAGUUAAAUGGCAUGUUUAUGUAUUGAGCCUAUUUUGGUGGACGCGAUAAAUGUUGCAGUUUUGAACUGUCCGUAAGUCUGUAUAUCAUUCUUGAGGUAAAUGUAAUAUAUAGCUCAAAUUAGAUAGUGUCACAAUUAGAUGCGUGUGUUCCAAUUUUCCUUAUUUCCCAUGUCACAAGUAGAUGAGAGUGUUCGAAUUUUGCUUAUUUCUUGUGUCACAUCAUUAUGGUUGAUGUAUAGUAAACAUAUUUUCACUUAAUGUCCUUUGAUUUGAAUUUGAUGAAGUGAAAAGACACUUAUCGAGUCUUUAUUCUCA